AACGACGACACAAAUAUACGACCGUAUCAGAUCUCUGAGUUUAAAACUUGAAAAGCUCCCUUUUCGCUAAAGCGAAACUGAAAUCCAUUUUUGAAAGUAGAAACAGAGGAUUUUUUAGCGAGAGGUUGAAGAUGGCGAGCGGGGGAGGAUACGGAGACCCGUCGCAGAAGAUUGACUACGUGUUCAAAGUGGUUCUGAUCGGCGAUUCUGCGGUUGGGAAAUCGCAGAUACUGGCUCGAUAUGCGAGGAACGAAUUCAGUUUGGAUUCAAAGGCUACCAUCGGUGUCGAGUUCCAAACUCGGACGCUCGUCAUCGAUCACAAGAGUGUUAAGGCUCAGAUCUGGGAUACCGCCGGCCAAGAACGAUACAGAGCGGUAACAAGUGCCUACUACCGAGGAGCGGUUGGGGCGAUGAUGGUUUAUGACAUAACCAGGCGCCAAACCUUUGAUCAUAUCCCAAGGUGGCUAGAGGAGCUGCGUGCUCAUGCGGACAAGAAUAUCGUGAUAAUCCUUAUUGGGAACAAGUCAGAUCUAGAAGAUCAACGGGCUAUUCCAACCGAGGAUGCUAAAGAAUUUGCAGAGAAAGAAGGUUUAUUCUUCUUGGAGACAUCUGCAUUUAACGCAACCAAUGUUGAGAGCGCUUUCUCGACGGUUCUUACUGAAAUCUUCAACAUUGUCAACAAGAAAAGUCUUGCUGUGAGUGAAGAACAAGAGAAUGGUAACCCUGGGUCGCUUGCUGGUAAGAAGAUUGAUAUUGUUCCAGGUCCUGGUCAGGUGAUACCAACAAAGAGUAACAUGUGUUGCAACUCUUAGGUUUUAACCAGAUCAAUUCUUAAAUUUACGUGACACAUAUAUAUAUAGAUAUUCUUAUGAUUCUGGUUUGCCUGUUUCUCCUAUAAUCCUAUUCAGAGUUGU